AUGACUGCGGUCCAUCCGGUGGAUCCGCUCGCGUCGGGCUCUGUGAUCCUGCCGACUCGCCGCGCCACGACCCUGAUGGUGUACCAGGACACGGGAACCCUCUUGAACGUCGCGUGGUGCGUGGCCGGCGUUGUGUACCUCGUCGGCACCUCGGCCUUGAGCGUCUACUUUGUCUACCUCCUGGGCCCGAGCAUGACCAACGACCUCUUCUGGGCGGGCUUCAACACAACGGGGAUGCAGUCGUUUGUCGCCGACGCGUUCAAUCGGGCGCUUACCGCUGCGACGAAUGCAUCAAUCGACCUAGAUCUGCGCUGUCCCGGCCUCUUCUUCAAGAACGACUACAGCAGCAGCGUCAACCAGAUCGGCGUCAACCCCUCGUAUGUUCGGAGCGUCCUCGGUGCCAUGACGCUCCUCGAAGCCGUGCGGGGUCUCCGCGCCGUCACGAUGGACUAUGCGCUCUGGCUGCCAACGCAAAACUGCUGGGUUGACAUGGAUCGCCGCUGGGAGCUCGCCCACACACUGCGCCGCCAAGCGAGAUGUGCUGCAGCUGAUAGCGACAACGCGGCCGUGUACCUCGAGGCGCUGCUCCGCAAUGUCGACUGGGACGACUGGAUGAGCACAGCGGGCUCGGGCUUUCAAACGGCGAUUCUCGACGCAGUAGUAGACGAUGUCGACGGCCCUGCGUGGGUGACUGCCACGGCCAGCGCCGACACGACGGUUGACGACGAAGUUGCGUACUGGACGACGCAUCGUUUACGCCGGUUUGCACUGCAGUGGCACAACCUCUGGCAAGGCGGAAUGACCGAGACCGUUGUGAUUGCGAAUGCACUCGGCAUGGAGCAAAGCCUAAGCAUCAAGAAUCUUCCGAUCGUGUCACGGGACUAUAUGUGGACGAGCCUCAACUGCUACUGGGCGCUCUUCAACGAUCUCUGGGCCGCCGGUGUCCAAGGCGUAUCACUGGUGCGUGUGAACGCUAGCCAAGUCGAUUUUGAAGCUGUCCAGGGCGCCGACCCGACGACGCUGCCUGUCGCGCUCCUGCAUACACACAUUGGUCCGCUCCUCUCGAUCGACAUGCGCUACGUGGCGCUACCGCACUCGCUGGCGACGCUCGCCUUCCUCUUUGACGCAGCGUUUGCCCGCGUCAUCUCCAAUAGCUCAGCGCAGUCCGUCCACAACCCCCGCACCGUGCUCGCGACGCCAUCGUCGUGGCGGCAACCGACGCUGUCCUACCACGGUGGCAAUCCUUUCUGUGUCACAGGCGCCAGCCAGACGUCGUACGCCCAGCCAACUUUUGGUUUUUACGAUACUUGUAGCUCCCAAGACCAAAUGACGCUGCCGUACACGGCGCACAGUCUCGCUUUUGCUGUGCUGGGCGCUAGCAUGAACGACAGCAGCAUCGUGCCUUCACUGCACGAGCUCUGUGGCCACUCAACUGACUGCGUGGACGACAUCAUCGCUGCAUCGUCGUUCGUCGCGGGCUCGAAGGACAUUGAAGCCCUCGCGCCUCUUUCGGUUGUCGCAGCCGACCAAGUAGCCAUCCUUCAAGUCGAAGUCAUGCAGUUUGCUCUAGUCAAUGGCUCGGACCCUCUUCUGCUGCAUCAAUUGUUGACGGAUUGGGGUAUCUUUGGCUGGGUGCACCUCUACGACUGGGCGGUUGGGACGCGGGAAGUGGUCAAGUUUGAAGGCGACGUCGGGUCGAUGACGCUCAUCUCGACCGCUGUACCCCCGAUCGGAUUCGAUGCGAUGGCGCUGGAGGUGCCCCGGAGCACGUGCAACUAUCUCUUUUUCUGGAUGCACCUCUACGACUGGGCGGUUGGGACGCGGGAAGUGGUCAAGUUUGAAGGCGACGUCGGGUCGAUGACGCUCAUCUCGACCGCUGUACCCCCGAUCGGAUUCGAUGCGAUGGCGCUGGAGGUGCCCCGGAGCACGUGCAACUAUCUCUGGUACAUUGUUCUCUACUCGACCGCUGUCCUGGGCUUUGUCGCUGCAUUUGUCUUGCUUCGCUGUGUGUGGAUCGAGUUUCAAAUCGCAGGUCGCAACCUCUUUUUUUUCAACCGCGUCGCCGCCUUUGUCUGGGUCGGUCGCCCCGUCUUUCUCGUGCGAGGCGUCACAGCCAUCAUCCUGCUCAGUACUGCGCCCAUGGCGCUGAGCCCGCGCCACGGCUGGACCGGCCUCGCCUUUGAGACUCGGUCCUUCUUUGAGACGGCGGUUUUGACAAGCGAAGUCGCUUGGCUCUCGUACGUUCUUGUCGACAUCCUCCUCGUCAUUUUCCCCGAAAGCGCACCCACGUACGCACCGGUAAGCGCAGCCUUGACGUGGAUCAUCAUCCUUCUCUACUCGAUCUUGGAUCCGGUGUGGCCCACCGCGUCCGUCGCACGCACCUGCGUGAGCGUCAACUUUGAUGCUCAGCUUCUCUGUGUGAGCGGUCGACUCGAGAUCGGGAGCUGGGUGCGCACGCUGCAUAUUCUCGCGCUUGUGCUCGGGGCUGUGAUUGUCGCGAUUCUUCUUUUGACCUCCAAACCAACGGUCAUAUCUGCGGCCGGUGAAGCCUUUUUGAGCCUUCGCAUACUCACGAUUGAGAACACGACCAAUUGGUGCAUGGACCACGCCAUGUGCACACUGUGCGGGCUCAUUCCGUUUCAAUUCAAGGGCAACGACUAUGUCUUUGACAUCAAACUCUGGGUCGUCUGGAAGAAACGACGCACCACCGAGAAGCAUCGAACACAGUCGACGCUCCAUAUGCGAUCACCGUCGCUUUCGGUCCGAGCGCGGCCCAUCACGACUGCAAUUCUUUCAGCGCCCGUUGUCGAGCCAAUGACAAAGUACGUCAGUACCAACACGUGGCGCGGCUACCUUUUGCACUGCUGCAGCCACCGCGUCCCAUGGAAUACAUUGAUGGUCGUGCUCGGCUUGGGCUACCUCGUGCUGACGAUCGCUAGCAGCAUCGUCUUUAUCUCUGUCUCGGGCCAGAACCUCGCCAACGACUUUUUCUGGCCCGGCUUCAACAGCACCGGCAUCGACGCCUUUCUCGGCAAUUGGUUCAACAACCAGCUGUUCUAUGCGACGACGCCCAUGACGUGGCGCCUCGACGACGUCGGGUUUGCAGACGCCUUGCUCUACAAUGGCUCGACGACCUUGGUCAUGUCGCAGUCGCUCUACACAAAUGUCAUCUACUUGGAGACCCUCGCGAGCGACCUCGGCGCUGCGAUCGCAGGUCUACGGAUGACGCCCCCGAGCACGCUGCCGUAUGUGUUUACGUCGUUUUGCUACCUCGACUUUGAGCGGCGCUGGGCCAUGGCCAACUCGGCAGCGCGGCAGACGCGGUGUGCAGCCUACAACACCAACGGCGCCGUGUACCUCGAGGCAUUUGUCCGCAAUACCGACUGGGCGAGCUUUCACGACGCGUGGGGGAACGCCUUUGAGAUCGCGUUUGGGAACGACUUGAACGCGAGUGCGGCCGGCCUGGCCUGGCGAUCGGCCAGUCGCGAUCCUGGCACGAGCAUUGCCGACGAAGUGCGUCUCUGGACAAACCAUGCGAUCGCGUCGUUUACGCUGCAGUGGCAAAACUACAAGCGGCUCGGCCUCUUUGAUGCCUUCGACGUCGAGACUGCGUUUGGCUUUCGCUAUGCGAUGACGCUCAAGCAGACGGUGGGCUCGUGGGCCUGGAAAGACCAGACGUCGCUCAAGAUGUACUGGUCGUUUGGCGCCGACCUCGACGCCGUUCGUGCCAACUCGUCGCUGUUGAGUGGGCAAAGUCUCUUGCGUGAUAGCCCGCGCUUUGCCUAUGUGAAUGGCUCGAGCCUGGAAGACGUCAUGAGCCAGAACGGAACGCUGGCGCCGCCGUUUGGCCUCGGCUUUGGGUUGGUGCGCGCGCACCUUGGGCCCUUUGGGUCGAUUGACGUGCUACAUGUCCCUGUCCCGCCAGCGCUCUUGCGAUUGCAGCAGCUGUUUACUCGCCUCCUCAGCACGAAUUUGGCUACAAAAGCAGCGGCCGCCACGGCAUACGGAGCGCUAAUCGUGCCGUCGCUAUCGCCUGCGCCCUCGACGUGGUUUACUUCGUCCAUCUUUAUCUUGGGGGGCAAUCCGCUCUGCGAUACGGGGGGCGUGCCCCCCACGCGUGGCAUUCAGAGCUCAGGUUUGCGGGCCUUUUAUGGCGCCGCUGCAGUGUGCGGCUCCAACUUUGGCGAGUACAUUACACCGACGACGAAGGGAGUUGCGUUUGCAACUGCCGUGACGCAGCUCUCAGCACCCUCUCAGAAUGUCUCUCAAAGCUGUGCCUUUGACGUACUCAGUCCACCGACAUGUUUUGAAAUGGUCCUGGCCGCCCAGGCGUGUACAAAUGCGUGCUUUUCGACCGACCAACUCGAUGCGCUUCAAGUUGCUGUUGACGCAGCCGUCGUCGCCAUUCAAGCAGCCCACGUCACAAUCGUUCAGUACGCUCUCAACGGCUCGACGCCGCAACUCCUCGCAAUCGACCUCCUCGAUCCAAGCGACCCUGAAUUUAUGCUUUUUGGGUGGUUCUUUCUCUGGGACUGGGCGACAGGGUAUCGUGAGGUUGUCAAGUUUGUCGGAGACACUGGCGCACUCAGCGUGCUCUCCACAGCAGUGACAACCACGAGCCUUGCACCGAAUGCUCUCGAGAUUCCAAAAAACCUUGUGCUCUUCUUGCGCAACGUUGUGCUGUACGUCACAUCAGUGCUGGUUGCUGUGAGUAUUCUCGUCGUCUUCCACAUGCUCGGGAGCCGUGGCCAGAUCUCGGGCAGCCACCUCUUUGGCCUCAACCGCGUCGCCGGUAUCAUCUGGGUGGGUCGUCCGCUGCUACUCUUGCGCAGUCUCACGGCCAUGGCUGUCCUCAGUACCGCGCGCGUCGACCUCGUCCAAACUGGCAUCGUCACGCUGUUUCAGACGACCGUCUCAAGCGCCGUCCUCACGGUUCUCAGUGCGGGCGAAGUCACGUGGUUCAUUUACGUCCUCAACGACAUUCUUAUGGUCUACACGCAGCAAUAUGCGCGACUCUAUAUGACCAAAGCCACAUACCUCUUGUGGUUGAUCUCGGCGAUCUGGAGCUUUGUGUCGCCCGUGACGCACUCGGCUACCGUGGCGCGGACCUGCGCCGCGAUCGAUCUGAACCUCCAGCUGGUGUGUCAGAGCGGCGUCCUGCGCAUUGGCGAUCGAACGCGCUUUGUCGAGCUCCUUUUGCUCUGCGUGGGUUGCCUCCUUCUGUGCUAUGGUAUUGAGCGCUGGCGCGUCCCCAACCUGCUGAACAACUCGCCAUUGUCGCACCACUUGAGCUGCGAGGCCAAGUACUUGUUUAACCUUGAAAAGUGGCGAUUCCAGGGCGUCUACUACUUGGACAAGGCGUCGGCUGCGAUGAACGGCAUGCUCAUUCUCUCGAUUGGUGACACAUUCCACGUUCUCGAUAUUAAGACGUGGCGUCGCUUCCAAUUACGCGUGCCAGUGGCUCACUAUAACGAGAUGGACGCGAGUACCCGCCACCGGCUUCGUCACGCAUACCCUCUCGUUGAGUAA